GAAAAACUAUUUAAGCUUGCGAUUGUUAUACCACCUUUCAAUACUGAAGACACCGAAACUCGGUAAACCAGGACAAUCAAAACCAAAAAAAGCAACCCAAGUUACAGAGACACCAUGUGCGAUAUAGAUGAACUUAAAGAUCGGGUUGCUGCCUUAACAACACAAAAUGCGGAAUUGAUUAACCAAUUGAGGAAUGCAAUGGAUGGCAAAUUAGACGAUGUCAAAGACUUCAUGUCGAAACUCUCCAUUCAAGAUCAACCUUGGUUAGCUUCCGGCCUCCAAUCUCUUACGGGUGGGGCAUUGGGAGCAUUAGGAGCUGCAGACGCUGCUUCUUCUGCAUCGGAAUCCAUUGCUGAUGGUAAAGAACAAGCCAGUAAAGCCGCAGAUGACGCUGCUGCCACAGCAGAUAAGACCGCAGAGGAGGGCAAAAAGAAAGCUGCAGAAGCUGCAGAACAGGUUGAGGAUGGUGCUGAGGAUAUCAAAAAUGAUGCCAUCAAUUCCGCUGCAAGCUUGGCAAAAAAUUGGGGCUGGUAAUGAUCAACCUGCAACAAUUGAAUGAAACGUUCUUCAAAAUGCUUGCCUUGUAAUGAAUUUCAGUAAAUGUUUGUAAUAUAAUCUAAAUUAUCGAGAAACAAGAGACGUUUUCCAUAAUGACUAGAAAAGAAUCAAAAUGUGUUAAUCAUAAAUAUCAAUAUGAACUAAAAAACUGCCUUCCAUUAUUAAAUGUAUCCCUAUUACAGUUGAACCUCUAUUAAGCGAUCAACCCGAGGAAAUACCAAGUAACCGAUCAUAAAGGUUGACUGUGUCCAAAAGGGCUAGGUUUACAGUAAAUAUAUACGUAAUUGCAAAAGCAUUGUCCCGAGAAAGAGCUUUUCUAAUUGGGAUAUCAGUAAAAUCCAAAAGAAAGCGUUCAAUUGGAGUAGGCAUGGUCUUCUUUAGUUUCCUGGUUUCCUAAAUCUCUUCAUCUUUAUCGAGUUUAGGUGUAUAUGAGAACCUUAUUUUUGGGAAAAUAAUAAGUGACUGCUCAAGAAGUCGAGAAGAGUAAAUGUUAAAUGAUAGUUUUAGUUUUUUUUUUUUUUUUAGUUUUAAAAAUAAUAGUCGUUCGACUGUAUUUUACUAAAGAUCAGUCUCCCGCUUUAGCUUUUACUGAUCGCUUCCCUUUUUUUUUCCUUUUUUCCCUUUUAAUUUUCUGAUUUUAAUUCCGAUUUUGGGAUGAUGUGAAAUUCUUCCAGAAUAACUCCUUUUGACAGGCCUGGUUUGAGUUCUUGCAUGAGUCAAAUUAACUCAUUAGAUUUGACUGUGCAAAGAAAUUAUUUUGCAAAUGAUUUAUAGGAAUGAAGUCGAUAAUACGAUAUCAGCAGUAUACCGCAAUCCUUAGGACCUGCACACUUGGUCCUUCAACACUUUCCCAAAGAUGGACCUACAUUCCAUUGCCUGCUAACUGUUAUUGAGUGGACUGUUCCUACAAAAAUAGUGAUGAUUUCCUUGGAUAAAAAUUCUAAUGCAUUCCUAACUGGUUUAUCUUACUCACUUAAACUUACUCACGUAUGGGGGCUAUUGCGAUCGUUUUAUAGAAAUAUUAAAUUUACUUUUAUCAUUUCGAUAGCGAUCUUUUUCUAUUUUUUUUAUUUUUUUUUCCUGUAUUUGCUUAUCCUUGUUUUCUUUUUUUUUUAUGCAAUAUGACGGUGAUAGCGAUCAUUUUAUUCGCAGAAGGUAUUUGAUCAUAUGGUAUAACCUCAGAAUUCGUUAAAUCACUCUACAACUGACUGCCGCGUCAAUUCGUAAAUAAAAAAGAGAUCGAAUUCAA